GAGAGAGAGAGAGUCUAUAAUUAAAUGCUGCAGUUGGAUGGUGCAGUUGUGUUGAUUCAUAGAGAGAACGCAAAGGCACAGAUAGAUAGGAGAAAAGACACAGACAAGCCUUUAUAUAUUAACCAAACAAGACCCUCAAGAUAAAAAAUCCGUAAGAGAAACAUGUUUAAGAUCGAAUUGUAAGUGCUCCUCUCAAGAUUGAAGUCUUCAUGAGUGGGUUGAGGGUCUUGAAGAGGAAAGGGAGGGAAAAUAUUGAUCAAACCCAGAAGAAAGAAGCUGCAGUAGUGCUUGAUUCUUGCAAAAGUAGUGGAGCAAUCCAGAAGAUGAAGAAAGAUGACGAGAGUCAAAGCAAAGGUAAGAAAACAUGUGAUUUAGUGUCGUUUUGGGAGCUGCCAGAGUACAUGAAGGACAAUGAGUUCAUCUUGAGUUACUACAGAGCAGAAUGGCCUCUCAAAAAAGCUCUCUUCAGCGUUUUUCGUUGGCAUAAUGAAACUCUCAAUGUCUGGACGCAUCUUCUUGGUUUCUUCUUGUUUGUGGGGUUGACUGUGGCAAAUUUAAUGCAAGUGCCUCAGGUUGCUGAUCUGCUUGGCUUGUUUACCUGGUAAUUUGUUAUGGAAAUAUUUCGUUUUUUUUUUUAAUCGAUAUGAAAGCAAUGUACCAAUUACUAGUUAUAAAGAAAAAUCCAAGAAUGUUAUGUGAACUCUCCAUUCUUCUUGUAAUAAAGAAGGGAUUGGUAGAAAUUUUAU